AAGUUGCAGAGGGAGAAAAUAUAAAGAAGGCAGUGAAUAUCACCCUCUCUAUACCAUGAUGAUGAUAGUUGCAAAGACCUAGGCUAUUCGCUAUUGUACGCUGAGGGAAUUUCAUUUCCCCAUUAUUGCUAUCUCAUUCGUUGACCCUUCCUGCCUGACCACCCUCCCGCCCUUUACCUCUUCUCUUUUUUACAAUUUUCUCUCACCCAAAAAUUACUACUCCUCUCUUCUAUGUUUUAUGCUAAGACCAAAACAUUAAAAUCAUCAAAACUGCUGUUUAGUGUGUGUUUUUCUUGUAUGUUUUAUCCAUUUUUAGUUCAGAUAUCGAUCGGGAUUGUGAACGUCAGCAAAUUCCUUUUACUACGUCAGAAUUACAACUGCUACAAGCAAGCAAAGCAAGAUAGCCACUUCUUUAAUUAAUCUCUUGCUACUGCUUUUGUUUUAGUUUUUACCCCCUCUCUCCCGUCACAUCCUGUUUCGUUUUCUUUCCCACUCCUGUUUGCCAGAUCUUUCUUUCGUCCUCUCUUGGCCUUUGAGGGAAAAAGGGCUUCUUCUCUCUUCAUAAAGUUAAAGAUAGCGUUUUUGUUGUAAAUCAAGAAAUGGGCUGCGGAGAGAACAGGGUUUCUUGAAUCUUAGUAUAAUUAUGAAGAGUUUGGGGCCAUGGGCAGAGCUUGCGUUUGGAAAUGAAGGAAAGGCAGCGCUGGCGACCUGAAGAGGAUGCUUUGUUGCGUUCUUAUGUGAAGCAAUAUGGUCCUAGAGACUGGCACCUUGUGUCGGAGCGCAUGAAUGAACCUCUCAACCGGGACGCAAAAUCUUGCUUGGAAAGGUGGAAAAACUAUCUUAAACCUGGAAUAAAAAAAGGAUCCCUAACUGAAGAGGAGCAACGUCUUGUCAUCAAUUUGCAGGCCAAGCACGGCAACAAAUGGAAAAAGAUCGCUGCUGAAGUUCCCGGACGAACUGCCAAGAGACUUGGGAAGUGGUGGGAAGUUUUUAAAGAAAAACAGCAGCGUGAGCACAAGGAGAAUAACAAGAUAAUAGAACCAAUCGAAGAGGGAAAAUACGAUCAUAUUCUGGAAACCUUUGCAGAGAAGCUCGUUAAAGAGCAUUCAACCCCUGGAAUUACAAUGCCAACUUCAAAGGGUGGAUUUAUUCAUACUGAUCAAGCUGCCUCUUCAGCACCUUCUGUGCUUCCUCCAUGGAUGGCUAGUUCUAGCACGACUACAACUGUCAGACCACCAUCCCCAUCAGUUACUUUAAGCCUCUCACCAUUGACGGUUCCACCUACAGCAGCAAUCCCAUGGUUACAUACUCCUGAUCGAUUAAUAACUGAUAACAGCUCACAUGGUCCCAUGAGCACUUUGCCGUCUCUUGGGAUUGCUCCUAUCCUCGGAGAGAAUCCACUGGUUUCCGAACUUGUCGACUGCUGCAGAGAAUUGGAAGAAGGGCAUCGUGCCUGGGCCGCACAUAGAAAAGAAGCUGCCUGGAGACUGAAAAGGGUAGAGUUGCAGUUGGAAUCAGAGAAAGCAAAUCGAAAGAAGGAGAAAAUGGAGGACAUAGAAGCGAAAGUGAAAGCUCUCAGGGAAGAACAGAAACUUACUUUAGAUCGUAUCGAAGCUGAAUACAGAGAACAGCUAGCAGGACUAAGGAGGGAAGCAGAAGUUAAAGAGCAGAAGCUGGCUGAGCAGUGGGCUGCCAAGCAUUUGCGUCUGACUAAGUUUCUCGAGCAGAUGGGAUGCAGAUCAAUUGCUUCUGAUCCUAAUGGUCGAUAAAGGUGAUCUGAUUUGUGAAAUUACCUUCUUGCUAGCCUUUGUUAUAUUGGUCCAGUUCCUAUAUACAGAUAUUAAACCUUUCAUGGGAAUUUUUCAAUAACUACGUAAGACUCUCGAAACAUUUGCUCAGGGCUUUGGUCAACUUGGCUAAAUCACUUUCUGUUUAUCUAUAUACGGAUCAUGCCUCACAAGCUUGCUAUUA